AUGCCGUCCAGGUCGUCUGGGCGCAUUGAAAAAGUGCGGAAAAAUAAAUUCUCAACACCACAUCAAAAAAAUCACAGAUGGGAGUCGUUCUCUACCAAAAUCUCAAAGUUUAAUUCGCUGCAACCACUGCGAAAAGUUCGACGACAUGACCUCGAUAACGAAGACUUGUCGACAACGACGUCGUACUUUCAAACUGGGUUACAGAAAUGGGGCGAAUUGAAUAUAUCAAAAAGCUUUAGCUUCUUCAAACGAGAUGUGUUGCCGCUGUCGGAAAGCCUACCGCAGAUUUUGCAUUUCGAGGACAAGAUCAUGGAACGUCUUGCUCACUAUAUUUCUCUGAACGAUAAGGACGCUUUAGAGCCUCUACUAGAUCUGAUGACGGCGUUUGCGCAUGAUCUGGGUGUGCGAUUUGAGAAGCAUUAUCUGCAAAGCAUAAACUUGUUGCUGGAUAUUGCGGGCAAGACGCAGCCUGUGGACGUUAUUGAGUGGACCUUUGGUGCCAUGGCAUUCUUGUUCAAGUAUCUCUCGAAACUGCUCGUUCCCAACUUACGACCAACAUUCGACCUCAUGGCGCCGUUGCUCGGACGAUCUCGACACCCACAGCACAUUGCCCGUUUCGCCGCCGAAGCAAUGAGUUUUCUUGUCAAGAAGGCGGCUGCUCCAUCUCACAGAGAAGUGGCCCUGAAGGCUCUCGUUGAGCAUGUAAGGGAUGAUCUUGUGAGCGUGGCUGAAGAUCGCCAAUUUACGCUGUACAAUGACGGUUUGAUGACCAUGUUUGCUGAGGCCAUCAAGGGGACCGACUUGACGAUUCAUUCUACCGGUGGUGCUAUUGUGUCUGCUCUAGUUGACGCAAUACCCGAGAAUGAGUGUGAUCUCGCUCGAGAAAACAUUUGGUCAGAUGUCAUUUGUGGAGUCUUGACUAGCGUUGUGCAUCACGGCACUGCGGACACCAUGGGCGAAUUUAUGGAGGAGAUCCUAGCAAACCUUCGACACAAAAAGGAGUCCAUGGAAGGCAGCAAAGUACAGUGGAAGACGGUGCCGUAUAUCAAAAUCCUUGGUGUUUUGGCGGGAGUCAGAAGAGGCAAUCGUGUUACUAAUUGGGAUGGGAUUCUUGGAGAAUUCAUGGACAUUCUGAGUAUGACGGGUAAGGGUGCUGUGGAUAUCAGACAGGAUCAGGUUGACAUCCUCUGGAAUUCCGUCGUUGUAAAAAUCGCAAUCAUUUGGCACCAUGCGCCCAUGGAUGCUUUGAUACCCCAUAUCUCGACUCUCACCCAGACACUCACGAAGGAGCCAUUUAUGAGAUGGUUUAUUCCUUUCUGCGCAUAUUUUUGCGACCUGGAUACUAGUCGAUUUGGCAGCCUCUUUCGAUCUGAAUUCCAAAAAUUUAUUGCUGCCCAUUGGUCUCAAGGGCAGAACGAGGAUGUUCUUUGCGUACUGCUUCCCAAGAUGAUCAAAAGUCGAGCUUUCCCUCCUUUGGGUGAAAAGGAUUGCUGCAGAUUACCUCAAGCCUGGCAAGAUCAAAUAGUGUCAAAGUUUGAACGCCUAGAAAUAUCUCCGUUCCCUGAACGUGGACCCUAUAACAAAGAUCCUCAGGUAUGGCGGGAUCGAUGCCUGCCAAAGUACGCUGGUUUGCUGCAGCUUCUUGAGCUCACAGCCGUCCAUCCUUCUACCAAUGCCCGAAUUGCCGAGUUAUUAUCGAGAAAGUUGAAAUUAGCUCUCCGGCCGUCGUCAUCCCUGGCAUCUGAUGAGGUGCAUUUCAUUGUUAGCCAGGGAUUUCACGCAUAUUUACGAAUGAGCAAGGCGGCAGGGUCGAUUGACACAUCUUUGAGCCCUUUACUUCGGGCGGCAGUGCCGCGAUUUGCACGCUCUGUCGGAUUUCUGGAGGCGUACUUGCAAUAUGAGAAGGUCCAAAAAGAUGCACCUGCAGCCGCCGAGAAGAACGAAGAGACGGGUGGUGACAGCCCAACAUUGGAGGAUGACCCUGUCGUUGUAUCUCUGGUGGAAAACCUCAGCUCGCCUUCACACGAAAUUAGACUAGCUUCACUGGAGCUACUGAAACAGACGAGCGAAAACGAUGCAACGAGAGAAUGUGUGGACAUCAUGCUGCAGAUCGAACAAACGCCAUUGAGUCAUGAGCACACCAGAGCCAUCGCAAUGUACCUGCGCAAAAUGGGCCUACACUACAACACCAUUGACACUACAAGCUGGCUACGCAACGGCAUCCCAAGAUACAUGUUUGGCUUGUUGACUGUGAAACUCUCACCAGUUUGGGACGAGGCGGCGGAGAACCUGAAAUAUCUUACUCAGUCCAAAAUCGGAGAGGAAGCUGUUUCUACUAUCGCAUUUCAAUGGAUUGACCAUCCGUCCAUGAGGUGGACGCCGCCGAGUUCUGACAACGCAGGCGGUGACAGGAGAUCCUACACAGAUUUUGAAUGCACUGCCCUCGGGAGUCUUGAGCGGUCAGCCAACGCAAUCCAAGACUUUACGGAGAAUGCAGAUGAUGCGCUCCUCAAGGAUUUUGACGAGAAACAACAUUUGGUUGACUCCACGCCGCCCACGGCGAGGUCGAGAGCUCUCAAAGUUCUCAACGCCGCUCCAGCUGUUGCUGAGAAACGGUCCCGUCAGCUUGUACCUCACUUCCUCUGUUGGGCAAUUGAAGAAGAUGAAGUUGAUGGUAGCGAGGCCGCACGAUCCCAAGCAGCGACCUGGUCCUUGGCUGACCGCAAGGCUAUUCUGGGCAUUUUGGCCCAGUUUAUCAAUCCAAAGGUACUCUACCAACAUGAAAGAGUUUACGAAGCACUUCUGUUGCUUAUGGAGAAUGGCGAUGGCGAAGUGCAGAAACUGGCUCUUAAAGCCAUCUUAGCCUGGAAACAAGAAGGUGUCAAGUCGUACCAAGAGAACUUGGAGUACCUUCUGGACGAUGCGCGAUUCAAGAACGAGCUGGCAGUCUUCCUUCAAGGGGAAAAUAUCAUCAAACCGGAACACCGGCUUGAGCUAAUGCCCGUUCUUCUCCGUCUUCUCUACGGCCGAACCAUUGCUAAGAAGGGCGCUGCGAGUGGAAGGAACGGGCUUCAAGCAACUCGACUUGCUGUGCUGCGAAAUCUAUCAGUUGAAGACAUGGGAUCUUUCCUCGAUAUUGCAGCAGGGAAGUUAAAAGAUGCCCAAGUGGUGGUGGCCAAGGCCCAGCGAAAGAAGCUGUUCAGUGCACCGAUCAUUACAUCGCGAAAGCAAGUUGGUUUCUUAAACAUGAUUUCAGCUCUUAUUGCUGAACUGGGAACCAACGUCGAGCCAUACAUGAACACUCUUGUCAAUGCAGUCCUGUACUGUCUUGUUUAUUCUUCAAGGCAACUAAGCGGCACGCCGGGGGAUGGUGAUGACAAGGACGAAGAUCACGAGGAAAAAACCAGUGAUCUCUCGCUUCUCAAAUCAGCGAGGUCUAUAGGCAUCAAGUGUCUGACAGCAUUGUUCCAGAAUGCGCAAAACUUUCAAUGGGACCCAUAUCAAGAGCUGAUCAUCGAGGAGGUGGUGGCUCCAAGACUCGACAACCUCCCCGUUGAGACGACGCAAGGCGUAUCAGGCAUGCUUCACCUACUUUCCACUUGGUCCGCUCUGCCAAGAGCAGCAAUGUUCCUCGGGCCACACGGCGAUGUUCUUCCUCAUGGUGUGCUACCAAAAAUCAUCGACUGCAUAUCCAAAGAAAAGACCAAGGACGAAGUGAAGCUUUUUGUCCUUGCACUUUUGCAGAAUCUGGUCAAGCUCGCCCUGGCGCCAGCUCAAGAGUCUGACUUUAAUGAAGUUAUCAAAGCCGAACUCCUAGAAGCCAACGCCACUGAGAUCCUGUCAAAAAUUACAACUGUCUUGCAUACAAGUGGCAUCAGUAACGACCUUCUGGAGGCUUGUGUUGAGACCGUCCUGGCUCUUGCCCCCGUGCUGCAAGACUUGGACAAUACACAGACGGUUAUCCGAAUGUGUAGUUUCCUCUUGCAACAACCGCCUCGUCGAGUGAACCCCAAGGCGAAGGGACGAAUUCUGCUCAUUGUCGAGCGAUUUGUAGCAUUGCCAGAUGCUGGCAAGGACCAGGUGUUGUUGUCAGACGUCUACAAUACUCUUUCGUCCCUGUUCAGCUACUUCAAAGACAGGGAAAAUCGACAAUCCCUCUCGAGGGCUAUGAUGGCGAUUUCGAACCAGGAUCCUGAAAUUUCUGAAAUCGCUAGUUUCUGCAAUGAGCUGAACACUUUCAAGGAACGGAGGAUCGAUGAGCCAGACUAUGAUCGUCGUCUGGCCGCCUUCAAUGCAAUUUCCAUGAAUCGUGAUGUUUCUUGGACUCCGAAACAAUGGCUUCCAAUUGUUCACAAUCUCAUCUUUUUUAUCCGUAUGGAUGAAGAGUUCGGAGUGUUAUCGUCGAACUCUGCAGAUGGCAUGCGUCGCUAUGUCAAGGAUGUCGCAGACACCCAAUCGGAAGAUGUGAAGUCCGCCUUUGACAGUCAGAUGGGCUCGGUUCUCCUACCUGCGUUGUACUCUGGUUCAAGAGAGCAAUCGGACACUGUACGAAGAGAAUACUUGCGUGUCAUGGGCUACAUCAUCACCGUCAUGCCAGACUGGGACCCUGUUGCCGAUUUGAGUGGGCUUUUGACAGAACGCAGCGAAGAAUCAUCGGAGCCGUCUUUCUUCUUCAACAUUCUAAGUCCUGCUACUGCAAGGCAGCUGGAGGCUCUCCGAACACUCGAGGCAGCCAAUGCGGAACACCAAAUGAGCAGCCAGAAUCUUGGGCAAUUUUUCAUUCCGUUACUGGAGCAUUUCAUCUACGGCCGAGAAGAUGGUAGUGAUGAUCACGGCCUUGGUGCACAGGCUACCACUACUAUUGGGAAUCUGGCGCUGUCUUUGAGCUGGAAUCAUUAUCGAACGACGCUCUAUCGGUACAUUAGCUACAUCGAAUCCAGAUCAGAGAUGCAGAAGCAAACCGUUCGACUCUUGGGAAAGUUUGUGGAUGCGCUUGUGCUUUCCUCGGAGAACAACAGAACUGACGGCAUGGACGUUGAUGAAAUUGAGACAAAACCUGAUGUCUUGAGACUGCAAGCCACUGCGCCAAAGAUGGAUCAACUGUCUGUUGACGUUCUCGAUUAUAUUCUCCCACCCAUCAUUAAGCACCUUCACGAGAAAGACGAGUCUGAAGUCAGUUACCGUGUUCCCGUUGGCGUGGUAAUUGUGAAAUUAUUGAAGCUGCUACCACCGGAGAAAAUGAACCAGAAGCUGGCAGGAGUUCUCACGGAUAUAUGCCACAUUCUCCGAAGUAAAGCCUGGGAGUCGCGUGAGAUGGCACGAGACACCUUGGUCAAGAUCGCAGUUGUUCUGGGACCGUCUUUCUUUGGGUUUAUUCUCAAAGAACUUCGCGGAGCUCUUACAAGGGGCUAUCAACUGCACGUUCUGUCAUAUACGAUGCAUUCUAUCUUGGUCGCCACAGUGCCUACUUUUGCGGCUGGCGACCUGGACCACUGUCUGCCUUCAGUGGUUACCGUAAUCAUGGACGAUAUUUUCGGCGUUAUUGGCCAAGAAAAGGAUGCUGAAGGCUACACGACGCAAAUGAAGGAAAUCAAGAGCAGCAAGAGUCAAGAUUCUAUGGAGCUGGCGGCUAAGAAUGCGUCUGUUAGUCACCUCAUUGAUCUUGUCAAGCCACUACAGGCCCUUUUAAUGGAAAAGGUUGACUUGAAGAUGGUGCGCAAGAUCGACGCUUUAAUGGGCCGUAUUGGCUCUGGGCUUCUCCAGAACCCCGGCGCUGAAUCUCGUGAUACACUGGUGUUCUGCUAUGAGAUCAUUCAACACACCUAUCAAGCGCGGAAACCGGAGGCGGAGAAGAAAAUGGAUCCAAGAGUGAGAAAAUAUCUGGUCCAGAAAGGAGCAAAGAAGAGUGGUGAGCGUGGCAGCAUAGCCAAGCACACAUACAAGCUGGUGCGGUUCGCGUUUGACAUUUUGCGCUCCAUGUUCAAGAAGUAUGACGAUCUCAGAACCCCAGAAAAUGUUGCAGGGUUUCUCCCAAUAAUAGGAGAUGCUAUUAUUGACGGGGAGGACGAGGUCAAGAUUUCUGCAUUCCGUCUUCUCGCAGUGCUCGUCAAGGUCCCUUUCAACUCGGAGGAUGGCACGGGCAUUUACCGAGUUGCAGUCAAGGAAGCUUUCAAAAGCAUAUCCCAAUCCACCGCUACUACGACAGAUAUAUCACAGGCCGCCCUCAAACUCUUGGCUGUGUUGAUGCGUGAUCGCAAGGAUGUCGUUGUCAAAGAUGCCGCAGUUGACAUGCUUCUUGGCAAGCUGAAGGAAGACUUUACAGAGCCUCUUUACCGGCAUGUGACCUUUAACUUUUUGCGAUCUGUCAUGGAUCGCAGAAUCGAGACUGCUGCGGUUUACGAUAUUUUGGACCAUGUUGGCACGGUCAUGAUUACGAAUGACGACAAAGAUACCAGAGAUUUGGCUCGUGGGGCCUUCUUCCAGUUCAUCAGGGAAUAUCCUCAGAAGAAGGCUCGCUGGGCUAAACAACUCAACUUUAUCGUGGCCAACUUGAAGUAUGAUCGAGAAGGCGGUCGCUUGUCCGUUAUGGAAAUCGUUCACCUUCUACUCAUGAAGUCUUCGGACGACUUCGUCCAGGAGAUUGUUGGCACCUGCUUCCUGCCGCUCUUUUUCGUUCUCGCCAACGAUGACAGCGAGAAAUGUCGCCUUGCGGCCGGUGAGCUGAUGAAAGAGAUAUUCCAAAAAGCUGACAAAGAGCGAACUCAGCAAUUCCUUGGGCUUCUCCGGACCUGGCUGGACAAGGAGGACAACGCAGCAGUGCAAAAGCUGGGUCUGCAAAUCUUUGGGUACUAUUACCAGUCACAUGAAGAUGCUCAAAACAAUAAGAAGGAUUGCAGACUAGUGUUGAACAAGUCUACAGCCAUCCUGAAGGCAGAAGACAUCAGGGAUACUGAUAACCAGCUCAUCGAGACAACGCUUGGAGUCACCCAGCUGCUCGGCUCGACGAUGAGUGAGGAGACGCUAUCGGCCAAACGAGAGGAAUUAUGGAGCAACGUGGCUCGCUAUCUUCGUCAUCCAGAACCAUCCGUGAAAUUGGCAGCGGUGCGAUCGGUUAACUCAUAUCUGGCAGAUUUUGCCAAACAGCGGACCAAAGCAUUUGCGGGAGAGGCCAUUGAUGGACCGUAUGGCCUCACUCUGGAUCUGGAGGACAUGUACAACUUCACACGCCUCGCACUCGGCUCACUGAACAGCAACGCAAUUGACGAAACACUCUCCGCUGAGUUGGUGCAAGUCAUUAUCUUUCUAGGAACCUGUCUUCCUGUUUCCGCAACCCCCGAAGAAGACCUGGACGAAGAAGCUGAGGAGCACGACGAAGACACGGCGGCCGAAGGAAAACGUGAAGGCGUGGACUACCUCUUUUGGCGCCUAUCGCAUAUUCUUCGAAGAGAAAUUCCUCCCAGAUGUUUGGCUAUCAAUUCCAAGGUCGCGGCAAUGGAAAUCCUCGAGACAGUCUGUCGCCGCAUCCUCAAUACCUCAAGCCGACCUUCUCUCAAGACGGUUCUCGUGCCUCUGCAACAAUUGACGGACCCGUCUAUUCCUGCUCCCUUUAGCAAUGACGAAGUUUUCAAGACGAAGCUUGAAGGCAUCAAGACCAGAGCACAAAUAAUGAUGGAUUCUCUUCAGAAGAAAUUUGGUACUGCAGAAUACAGCAAGGUGCUGAUGGAAAUUAGAGAAGAGGUAAAGGCAAGGAGACAGCAGAGAACGAGCAAGAGGAAGAUUGAAGCGAUUACGCAACCGGAGAAGUAUGGCCGAGACAAGAGAAAGAAGUUCGAGAAGAACAAGGAGAGGAGGAAAGUGCGGUCAAAAGAACAAAAGGCGGCGAGACAAUCUUUCAAGGGGUGGUAG